AUGCCAGAGAGCCAAAUUAAAAAAUCAAAGAGGCCUUGUUUUGUCUGCGGAAAACUUGGCCACAGGGUUUUCCAGUGUUAUCUAAGAAAAGGACAAAAGCCAAAACAGGGAGGACAAGAUGAUGUCCAAGCUCGUCUUACAGAGGGUGAUGAAGUAGUUUCUGCAGUAAUUGUCGAGGCAAAUCUGGUAGCUAACAAGACUGAUUGGGUGUUGGACACAGGAGCUUCAAGACAUUUCUGUGCUAACAAAGAAUUAUUCCAUGACUUUGAUGAAUCCACUGAUGGUGAGUGCGUCUACAUAGGUAACUCCACUACUGCUGGAGUUAUGGGUAAAGGAAAAAUUUUACUUAAAUUAACUUCUGGAAAAACUUUAGCCUUGAACAAUGUUCUGUAUGUUCCCUCGCUCCGUAGAAACUUAGUUUUUGGAGCACUUCUUAACAAAGUAGGCCUUAAGCUUGUUUUAGAAGCUGAUAAAAUAAUUAUUUCUUAUGGAGGAGACUUUUUUGGGAAGGGAUACCUUAAUGGGGGCUUAUUUGUACUGAACAUUGAUCAAGAGAUUUUCAAUGCAAAUAUUUCUAAUUCUACUUAUAUUGCUGAGUCUAUUAAUUUAUGGCAUGAAGCAAAGCAUGCCAAGAAGCCUUUUAAAUAUGUUACCAGUAGAAAGACCGGGUUGCUUGAACUAGUACAUUCAGACUUAGCAGAUUUUAAGAAAACUAUUAAUAAAGGUGCUAUUUCGUGGAAGUCUUCAAAGCAGACUUAUAUAGCACGUUCUAUUAUGGAAUCUGAAUUCGUUGUCCUCAAGUUGGCAGGGCAAGAAGCUGAGUGGCUGAGAAAUCUUUUGACAGAUGUACCUUUAUGGGAAAGACAAAUGUCACUAGUCUCUUUACAUUGUGACUCACAGACGACAAUUGGGAUUGUAAAAAUAGUGUAUACAAUGGUAAAAAGAGACAUAUUCACAUCAGACAUGGUGCAGAUAAAUAAUUAUUGA